AACCACCUGUUGAUUCACAGACCAGCAGGACAGUUGUUCGCCCUCAACAGUGUCUGCAGAUUACAAGUGCAACGGCUUAUCCCCCCACCCCCCAAAAAAGAAAACUACAGAUAUUUGUGGAGGAAUGAAGACCAUGGUGGGAGCUGAAUGCAGGGCUGUGACAGUGUGAUCAGUCUGCGAAGACGGAUCAACAGAGAAGUGGAAGAAUGGCUCGCAACGUUAACUUUGACCUGAACCACCCCCUCGUUGAAUGUGGACUGGAGAGCCCGACAAACGAGGAAGAUGUUCAUGAUUCGUUCCUCCAGCUGAUUGCAGAGCAAAGUCAGAAUGAAGAUGUAUCUGAUGCUUUUGAGCUACAGGUGCUGCAGGGUGAGCUGGAUCAGGAGCAUCAAGACUUGUUGGACUCGUCAAGUCCUGAACAAGAGUUUAGAGAACAGGCGGCACAUCAAGGUGAAUAUGAACUGGAGGAUUGUGAACGACAAACCGAUGCACUUAUUCCUGAACGCUGGUCUUCAGACACCCUGAAAGUUCUUUCCUCCAUGCCCAGCCGCACCAUUGGUCGCAACAGAGGAGCCAUCAUUUCUCAGUACUGUAACAAGACGCUACAACUUCGGAGACGCAGGCAGAGCAAACCAGCCGUCCGAGACUACUCUCGCUCUUCAAGGCCGAGCAUACGUGACUACGACAUUAAGGAAGACACUACAGACUCAGAGGAAAGAGAAUGUACAAAGCGGGAACAGUUGGUGAACAAUCUGCAGAACCUGUCAGUAGGUGACAGAGAGAAGAUGCUCCGAGGUAUGCCUCUGUGUUUGGCUGAAAAAAGAGAGCUCAGGACGUCAGCAUUACAAAAAGAUAAACAACGACGUUCCAGCAGCGGGAUUAACUGUUGCAGUCCGCUAUCCUUCAUUCACUCCCUCCACCUGUGGAAAGUGCCGCUCAAGAGGGUGAGCGGGCGUUUUGGCACCGGAGUCCUCUCGUACUUCUUGUUCCUCAAGACUCUUCUGUUUUUUAAUCUCUUCCUCUUCCUGGUCAUGGGUUCGUUCUUGGUGCUGCCUCAAGCAGUGUACCCCCCAGAACUGCCUGAAAAUAGGAGGAGCUCCUUCACUGGGCUGGAGCUCCUCACCGGAGCGGGUAAUUUCUCUGGUACGCUGAUGUACUAUGGAUACUACCGUAACUACACACUGAGCAGCCUAAAUUCCACCCAAGUGUACCUUUCGUACAACAUGCCUCUUGCAUACUUCUUCACAAUCGGAAUGGCCUUUUUCAUUACGUGCAUUAUUCUGGUGUACAGCAUGUCAAAGUCAUUCGGUCGGAGUUUCAGAAUCGACAAGUCUUACAGUGUUUUGGCCGUAAAAACUUUCUGCUCAUGGGACUUCAGGGUCAUCAAGAAAAACUCAACCAACCUCAUGUCGGAAAACAUCAGCACACAGCUCAAGGAGCUGUUGGCAGAGUUGAAUGACAAGCACAUCAGAAGCUCUUGGUUAGAGAAGUUGAGGAGAUUGAUGAUUCAUUGCAUAGCCUGGUUGAUCUGCAUCGCAGGCACCACUGCCUGUGUGGUCGGCAUUUACUGCUUCUCUGAUUACAUGCACAGAAAAAGUCGAGAUGCUGACCAGGACUCGUUACUGGAAGAAGCCAGCCUGUUGGCCCUGCCUGUGCUGGUCUCCCUCAUCAACCUGCUGCUGCCCUGCCUCUUCAACCUUGCAGCCUGGGUGGAGGACUAUAUUUCUCCAUCUGUGCGGACAUACGUUGCUCUCAGCCGGAACUUAAUGUUGAAAGUGAGCGUGCUAGGUGUCCUGUGCUACCAUUGGUUGAGUCGAAUUGCUACUAACAGUACUGAUUACAUUAAGUGCUGGGAGAGUUUUGUCGGUCAGGAGCUUUAUCGCUUCCUCAUCGUAGACUUCAUCUUCACUCUGCUGGAUACGUUAUUUGGAGAGUUGCUUUGGAGGUUGUUCUCUGACAAAAUCCUUAAGAGAAACAGAAAACCAGAGUUUGGUAUCGCCAAGAACGUCCUGGACCUCAUCUAUGGACAAACUUUAGCUUGGUUGGGUGUUCUCUUCUCACCUCUCCUUCCUGCUGUGCAGAUUCUCAAACUGUUUCUGCUCUUUUACAUUAAGAUGAGCAGUGUGAUGAUGAACUGCCAGGCCCCCAGGAGACCGUACCGAGUCAGCCAGAUGACCACCAUCUUCAUCACACUCCUCUGCUUCCCAUCCUUCCUUGGCGCCUCUGUGUGUGUCACAUACACCAUGUGGAGUAUAAAGCCGUCAAAAUCUUGUGGCCCGUUCCGUGGGCUCAACACCAUGUUCCAAGCAGGAAAAUUCUGGAUGCAAAAACUGGAAGAAAAAAAUCCCAACCUGUCCAUGCUGGCCAAGGCUCACACCUACCUGGUGGAAAACCCCUUUUUCUUGUUUGUGGGAGCAGGCAUCUUUCUGAUUGUCAUCUACUUCCACAGUCAGGUGGUCGAUGGUCAGAGGAAGAUCAUCACUUUACUGCAGGAACAUAUAGAAAAUGAGGGAGAUGAUAAGAAAUUCUUAAUUACUCGACUUCAGUCUAUUCACGAGCAGAAACGAGCGUCGGCUAAAAGAUCCGCCCGUCAGGUCUCAGCUGAGCUUCAAAAAGACAAACCUCAGUUUUCCAAGCACUGAGGUCCUUCAAGCAGUAAAUGAAACUGAUAAAUAACUGGAAACAGAACAAAUCAAAUAAGCUGUGACAGGUGCUCAAAAUAAGUCUGGACAUUAUUUGUUGAUAAAUGCAUUUAAGAAGAUCAGAAGCACAUAGGAAAUCUAAACGUCUGUUUUCUCUCUGUUUUGUAGUUAUAAGAAAUUUAGCAUCAGUCCAGGCAGAUCUGUAUGUAAUAAAAAGAGCAUUUUAGAAAAUAAAUCUUUGGAUUUUUU